AUGGAGGCGCAGGAGGAGCUGCAGCUCCGCGCGGCCGAGCACGCCGCGCUCACGGCCCGCAUCGCGGCGAUCCGCCAACGCCAGGCCGAGUUGGAGAACGAAAAAAAAGCCUUCGUGAAGGAGAUCCGCCGGAUCCACGACGAGGACGCCUCGGAGUACGUCAGCCGGGCAGCCCUCGGGGAAGGGGAGCGGUACAUCCUGAUGUACCUCCUCGGCAAAGGCGGGUUUUCCGAGGUCUGGCGGGCCUUCGACAUGGCGGAAGGGCGCUACGUCGCGUGUAAGAUCCACCACAUCAACCGCGAUUGGCCCUUGGCGACGCGGCAAAACUACCGCCGUCGGGCGGAGCGCGAGCUGGAGAUCAUGCGGGUGCUGCAACACCCCCACCUCACCCGCCUCCAUGACGUCUUCCCGUUGAGUGAAACCGCCUUCGUUUCCGUGAUGGAGUACAGCGCGGGGGUGGAUUUGGAUACGUAUUUAAAACGCUACCAGCAACUCCGCGAGGCCGAUGCGCGGUUGAUCCUCCUGCAGGUCGUCGCCGCGCUGCGGUACCUCGCCGGCUUGCCGAGCCCGGUGAUCCAUUACGACUUGAAACCCGCGAAUAUCCUCCUCCACUCCGGCGACCCGGGCGUCUUGGAGGUCAAAUUGACGGAUUUCGGCCUCUCCAAACUCAUCGGGGAGGCCCGCGAGGGGCCGAGCGAUAAUCCGACGAUCGAACUCACCUCGCAAGGCGCAGGGACGUAUUGGUAUCUCCCGCCCGAGUGCUUCGACACCGCCGCGACGCCGCGGAUUAGCAACAAGGUCGACGUCUGGUCGGUGGGGGUGAUUUUUUAUCAAAUGCUCUUCGGCCGCCGCCCGUUCGCGGAAGGGGAGUCGCAGCGGAAGAUCUGGCAGGAGCGGUUGAUCAUCGAGUCCGCCCGAACCUUGCGGUUCCCGGAGACGCCCAAAGUCAGCGAUGAGGCGCGCGAGUUGAUUUCGAAUUGCCUCGCCUUCGACGUCGCCGCGCGGUACGACGUCUUUCAGCUCAGCCAACAUCCGUAUCUCUUCCGAACAGGCCGGCGGAGCGCGCGCGGGCGGAGUUCCCUCGCCGGCGCGGCCACCUCCUCCGGCGCCACCCCUCCACAACCGGCGACGAAUCGCGAGCGGAUGGAAACCCCAUAG